AGAGAAGAGGGAAGAAGAAUUAGGUAGUAGGGAAAGAAAGAAAGGAAGGAAGACAAAGGAAUCAAAGAGUCGGCGUUGUUGUCUCUCGCCGACCCUCACCUCAUAAUCACGUCUCCUUCAUCCGUAUAUCCCCACCACCACCAUCUCACCCACUACAAUUACUACUUUCUCUUCUUCCCUUUCGAAUUUCCUCCUCUGCUCUUCCGUUUUUUUUAGUUAACGGAAUCAGAGCUUCUCUAAUUAGUUUCUUUUUUCUUUUUUAUACUCUAAACCGUAGAAUUUUAAUUAUCUGUUCUUCUUUCUUUCUAUUUUACAAAAAAAUUAGGGUUUUUUAGUUGGUGAGGAAAAAGAGAUCUGUGUGUUCUGAGCUAUGAUGAAUAGAAUGAGUGAGCAAUUUGGUGCGACUAAUACUGAAGAGGGUGAUUCUAAUAAUAGUAGUAAUAAUAAAGAAAAGAAGAAAAAACGCCGUUCUAAUCGACGCUCUAAACAACUACUUAAUUGUUCAGGGGUUUGUCAUAGUUCACUGAAUGGGGUAAAUGAAGAGGCAUCAGUAUGCUUUAGUAAUAGUAAUACGUUGAAUGAGGCGUCCUCAAGUUUGGGAUUGAACGUUGGUCUGUUAAAUGAUCAAGGAUUGGCUAGAGCAUCGGAUGUUGCUUUCAGCUCACUACCAACAAACCGUAGCAAUGAUCAAGUAGUGGAGUUCAGAAGUAUGCCUCCUCAACUUCCACUCGAGAAUGGGCAGUCUUCUCCACCACAAAUUCUCCGUCAAGAGACUAACGAACCACUCCGAAUUAAAGAUUUUGUCUCUCCCUGUAAGAAUGGGACUCCUCCUGGGAAUCAGAGAAGUUUUUUUGUUCCGCACUUGUCAGAGCAGGCUGUUUCUGAAGCUGUAGAGAAAGGUGAAGUUUUUAUAACACCGUUCCGAGUGAAUGCUCACAACCCAACCGAGGCCUACUGUACAGUAAGCGGAGUACCUAUUGAUAUUCUCAUCAACGGUUUUCCUUUCCAAAAUAGAGCACUAGAAGGAGAUACAGUAGCAAUCAAAUUGGAUCCUUUGGCAUAUUGGACUAGGCUGAGAGGGUCUGUUGUCCAAGGGAACACGUCUGCCCAGACAGGUGAUGGUAACAUGUCUUGUGGCGUUGCGGAUGUGGUUGGUGAGAACUGCAAAGGGAAAGAAAAGCUAGAUUCUUACUGUGAGGGUUUACCUAAGAAUAAUGACUCGGUUCCUGCAGAGUUGGGUCUUUACCACGAAGAUAGAAGUCAAGCCGGUGCUGUUCAUCCUGAGCCGGGCAUUAUGAAUGGAAAUAAUAAGCAUGGGUCCGAAGGACAACAACCAUCAUCUCCCCAUGAGCGUAAAGAAGUUUCAGAUGCUAUUGAGAAGAUUUGUGGCAUGGUGAAGGCGUAUCCUUUUAAGCGACCCACUGGAAGGGUUGUAGCUAUCGUUAACAGAUCUCCUCGCCGUGACUCUGUUGUCGGCUUUCUUGGAGUUAAGCAGUGGGUUUCUUCCAGCAACCGAAAUAAGAAGGAAACCAAGAAAAAAAAUGGUUUCACUUUCUUUGCUGAUCAAGAACACAUCCAACUGACACCCAAUUAUGCCAAACUACCCAGAAUGUUGGUUUGUGUGAAAAGCUUACCCGAUUGUAUCAAGCAGAGAUUAGAGAAAGGUGACGUGGAUCUUGAGAUGGAUUUGGUUGCUGCUCGGAUUAGUGAUUGGAAGGAAGAUUGCCUCCUACCUCAGGCGGAGGUCUUGCAUGUUCUUGGAAGGGGUGGAGAAAUUGGAUCGCAAAUUGCUGCUAUUUUAUUUGAGAAUACAAUUUCUAAUUCUGAGUUUUCCUCCGAGGCCCUGUCCUGCCUUCCUGAAAUUCCUUGGGAGUUACCGAAGGAGGAAGUCGCCGAAAGAAAGGAUCUUAGAGAUCUAUGUACAUUUACUAUCGACCCGUCUACGUCUAUUGAUCUUGAUGAUGCUUUGUCAGUUCAAAGAAUUUCAGAUGACAUUUUCAGGGUUGGGAUGCACAUUUCUGAUGUGUCCUAUUUUGUUCCCCCGGGUACCGCUCUGGACAUGGAAGCCCAGACACGAUCUACGAGUACUUACCUUCGACAACAAAAGCUGUCUAUGUUGCCACCGUUGCUUUCUGAGAACAUGGGUUCACUUAAUCCCGGGGUAGAUAAAUUUACCUUUUCAAUUAUUUGUGACAUCAACCUUUCUGGUGAUGUUGUGCAUCGUUGGCUAGGCCGUACUGUGAUACAUUCAUGUUGCAAGCUGUCAUACCAGCAUGCUCAGGACAUAAUUGAUGGAUUGGCAGAUUCUGAUAGUUCUACUCCCUCGGGAAAUGGGUAUCCUAAAUUGUAUGGUCAGUUUGAAUGGAAGCACAUAGUCAAAUCUGUUAAAAGCCUGUAUGAAAUUUCCAAGCGGUUGAAAGAGAAUAGAUUUAAAGACGGGGCACUUGACUUAGAAAGUUCCAAGCUUGGUUUUUCAUUUGAUGAGAGUGGAUUUCCACAGGACAGUACGCUUCUCGUGCAGAAAGCUUCGAACUCUCUUGUUGAAGAGUUAAUGAUUCUGGCAAAUAGGACCGUUGCUGAAGUUAUAUCGAGAGCUUUCCCUGAUGCUGCACUGUUACGUAGACAUCCUGCACCAAAUGUUCGGAAACUGAAAGAGUUUGAAACCUUUUGUCAGAAGUAUGGUUUAGAAUUAGACACUUCUUCUUCUGGUGGGCUUCAGCUUUCAUUGGAGCGGAUCAAGGAAAAAAUGAAAAAUGAUGACCCUGGGUUAUUUGGUGUUCUCAAGUCAUCUGCUUCAAAGCCGAUGCAGUUAGCUUCCUAUUUUUCUACCGGAGAAUUUAAGAACAAGCAAAGUGAUUGGAACCAUUAUGCAUUGGCAAUUCCUCAAUAUACUCAUUUCACAUCCCCACUGCGUAGGUACCCUGAUAUUGUUGUGCAUCGCACACUGAAUGCAGUUAUCGAAGCUGAAGAUAUGUGUCUUCAGCACCAAAGAAUGUGGGCCUCAGCUAAUACGUGUAAUUCACUUGCAAUAAAGUGUUUUACUGGUAUUGAUUUUGAUGAGGAUAUCUUGGGUACCCAAGAAUGUAGGGAAGCAUUACAUGCUGCGGCAUUGAAGCAUCAAAUUCUUUGUCCGGAGGCACUUGCUGAAGUUGCUGCGUAUUGCAAUAGGAGAAUGAUGGCUAGCAAGUAUGCUGAGGAUGCUUGUGACAAAAUUUUCUUGUGGGCCAUGCUCAAGAAAAGACAGGCCUUGGUUACAGAAGCAAGAGUUUUGGGUCUGGGACCAAAGUUCAUGUCAGUUUACAUUCCUAAGCUUGCGAUGGAGCGAAGGAUUAACUAUGAUGAAGUGGAUGGCUUAACGACAGAGUGGCUUGAAACAACGUCAACAUUGAUCAUCGAUAUAUGUACAAAAUAUCAACCCAAUAGGAGAUAUAGCCCUGGUAGAUAUCGACCUCUUGAAGAUGUUGUAUGGAUCAUUAGCCCAUGCGAUACUGACCAAGAUAGGUUUGUUUGUGAUAAUAGUACCAGGACUGAAGUUGGCGGAGUUCCGCUCGUAGGAGAAGAAUACAAUACCAUCAAACAAAGUGACCAUGAAGUUUUAGAAAUAAAUGAUGUUGAGCCAGCAUGUUUUCCUUUGACUCUUCGUCUCUUUUCCACCAUCAAUGUUGCACUCCAUGCUGUUGGGGGUGAUGAUGGGCCACCUGAUGUAGGGGCAAGGCUGUACCUGAGCUCGUAUUAUGGGUGAAAGCCAGGAUUUGUUGGUCAUAUUAUUCAGGAAGAAAUAAAAUGGAAGGAGAUGAAGAAAGAGGAAUUCUAGUUGAACGGGUAGUGCCUACUGCACUGCUGUAGAUAUUAAAGUAGGGAUGUAUAGUCCACAUGUGGAGGCUGAGGUAUCACAAUGAGAACCAUAUGCUCCAAAGAAGAUAAUGUUUCAUGUGUUUGUGAAUAGUUUGUCGUCUGGUCAGAGAAGGUGAUGAAUAUUCUCUGGUGGUAUUUGAGGUGUAGUAGCUUUAAGUAAGGUUCUGACUCUGGUUUAGUUGUGGCUUCUCCUUUUGAUUUUUUUUUCUUUUCAAAAAACUAAGCCGCUGACGGGGUGGAAUAUGGACCUAUGUUUUUUUGUUGGCCAGUUCCAGUCCCAAGAAACCAACGAGGUGCCUUAGUUUUUUAGGCAUCUCAGUGAAAGAGUUUCAGGAACCAAGACUUAGCAGCCUCAUUGUAGCUGGCAUGUAUGCCUUAAACUAAUGAUGAGCCAGAAUAAUUUUGGUUUUCUGGCUUGUUUUUGCUGUCUAUCCGAAGUUGUUUUUCGUAUUCCCUUCUGUUUUUAGGUUGCUGUUAGGAAGGUAAAUGGAAUACUUACACUGUUGUUGAAUAAUACGCUGUUUUAAGUUGA